AUGUCAUAUUUCCUUCAUCAAAGUGAGUGGAAUGACUUAAUCGAGCGGCAUGUAUUCGAACCAGUCAACGAUGUAACCCCCGAAAUGCUCAGUGAGCUGAACGAGAAACGCCAUUUUUUCGUUCAAACCGAUAGAAAAUACGUUGGUCUGCCGUUUGAUAAACAUCAGUGGUCCCGAGCAGACAGACCACCUUUGCCACGUCAUCGACCGCAUUACAAGAAAGUGGUGAUUCAAGGAUGCCCAACUCAUGCCAUUCGAUGUACUAGUAUUCAUAACAAGGAAUUCAAAAAAGAGGUUCUCCAUCUUGAGCACGCCUCCUAUUUUCAUUAUUUUCUAACAGGAGCUGGAGUUUACUCGGAACCAGAUGAGAAUGAAGUCAAGAAGCCCAGAAUUUCAGAAAUCAAAUCCAGUCGAGUUCGAGAGAUCAUCAAAGAGACGAAUGGGUCGUCAGCUCAAGUGUUUCAAAUUGCACAAGAUGAGGGAAUGGAGGUUUCCAGAAAACAGUGUCAAAAUCAAGUUAGAACGGUCCGAGAACACUCUGGAGAGGCUUCGAUUAGAGAUAAGAUUGUGAGGAAGAGGAAACGAGAAGUGACAGUGGAGCAGUUGAAUUUGUUGAAGAGAAUAUUUCCAGAUGACGUCACCGUUUAUACAGACGAUCAAAACAUCACACACUAUCAAGUGAAACUCUUCACAACUGGAAAAAUCGAUAACAACGCUCAAACGCUACAAGACACUGCUCAACCGGACUCCGAUACCGAUCACUUUGAUUUGGUGGAAGAGGAAUUCACUUACGAUGAGCCGGACCGUGAAAUCAAACAAGAGGUUUCGGAUCCGGAUGACCAAUUGUUGCUCUAUCCAAAAUAUGAAUAUAGUCUUUAG